AUUUCCAUCACAACUCUAGCAUACUCCAAAACAAAGGGGAUAAUCUAACGAAAAAAUAUAUAUAUAUGUGGCGAAUAAAAGACACAACAUGCCACUCCCACUCCUACAUCUCCGUUCACUCCACCGUCGCAUUCGCCCCUCCCACGCCCUCACUCUCUCCGUCUCCCGCUACUUCAUGGCUGCCGCCGAGCCCAUAAGCCCAUCCAACACCCGCUACUUCAUGGCUGCCGCCGAGCCCAUAAGCCCAUCCAACACCCGCGUGGGCUGGAUCGGCACUGGCGUCAUGGGCCAGUCCAUGUGCUCCCACCUCAUCCGGGCCGGCUUCUCCCUCACCGUCUUCAACCGCACCCUCUCCAAGGCCCAACCCCUCCUCGACCUCGGGGCCCACCUCGCCGACUCCCCACACGCCGUCGCCGCCACCUCCGACGUCGUCUUCACCAUCGUCAGCUAUCCCUCCGACGUCCGCUCCGUCCUCCUCGACCCCACCACCGGCGCCCUCGUCGGCCUCCGCCCCGGUGGCAUCCUCGUCGACAUGACAACCUCGGACCCCUCCCUCGCCGUCGAAAUCGCCGCCGCCGCCUCCUCCAAAAACUGCCACUCCAUCGACGCCCCUGUAUCCGGCGGCGACCGCGGCGCCAAGAACGGAACCCUAGCGAUCUUCGCCGGAGGCGAAGAAUCCACUGUAAAAAACCUCGAACCCCUGUUCUCUCCGAUGGGGAAGGUGAACUACAUGGGUGGAAGCGGGAAGGGGCAGUUCGCGAAACUCGCGAACCAGAUAACGAUCGCGUCGACGAUGGUGGGGUUGGUGGAAGGGAUGGUGUACGCGCAGAAAGCAGGGCUGGAUGUGGAGCUUUACCUGGACGCGAUUUCCACCGGCGCGGCGGGUUCGAAGUCGCUUGAUUUGUACGGGAAGAGGAUUCUGAAGAGGGAUUUUGAAGCAGGGUUCUAUGUGAAUCACUUUGUGAAGGAUUUGGGGAUUUGUUUGAAGGAGUGUCAGAAGAUGGGUAUUGCUUUGCCUGGUUUGGCACUUGCUCAGCAGCUUUAUGUGUCACUUCAGGCUCAUGGUGAAGGUAACUUGGGUACUCAGGCUCUUGUUUUGGUUCUGGAGCGACUCAACAAUGUUUCUCUAACACAAUCUUCCUCUGCAACAUGAUGAUGAUCUUUGUUGUUUCAUGUGUGAUAUAGUGCAUGUUUGGAUAAUUUUCAACAUUUGAUGUGACUUGCUUUCUGAGUCUUAAAAUUGAUUUUGAGAAAAGAAAAAUUUAUCCAAACAUACUAAUACUGAAUUCAGCAAUAAAAAUUAUGUAUCUGGUGUUCAAUUCUUUAUGUUAUGAAUGCCAAACAGUAGGUUUGUAUUGGAUUGUAGGUACUGGUAAAAUGUGCUCUGAGAAUAUGUGACUUGUAUUUCUGUUAUAACAUGGUGAGAGUAGGAAGCUUUUUCUGUUU